ACCUCAGCCAGGCAAGAUGGCCGCGCCCGAACAAAUCGCUGGAGAGUUUGAAAACUGGUUAAACGAUCGGUUGGACUCUCUCGAAGUAGACCGAGAAGUUUAUGGCGCAUAUAUACUCGGUGUCCUGCAAGAAGAGGAGAAUGAUGACGAGAAAAAGGACGCUUUACAAGGCAUUCUCUCCGCUUUCUUGGAAGAAGACACGUUAGAGGAGGUUUGCCAGCAGAUUUUACAACAGUGGACUGAGUACAGCAGAUCUACAAUGAGGAGUAAUCAGACAGAAGAUGAGGUUCAGGCCAUUGCCAGUUUAAUAGAGAAGCAGGCACAGAUUGUGGUUAAACAGAAGGAGGUGUCCGAGAAGGCCAAGAAGGGGAAAGAGGCUUUGCUGGCCCAGUAUGCUAACAUUACUGAUGAAGAGGAUGAAGAUGAGGAGGAAGAGCAAACAGCAGUAGGAAUACCCAGCGAUAAAUCCCUGUUCAAAAACACCAACGUAGAAGAAGUUCUGAACCGCCGCAAACACCAGCGUGAACAGGCCAGAGAAGACGCACAGAAGAAGAAAGAGCAAGAUAAAAUGCAACGUGAGAAAGACAAACUGGCCAAGCAGGAUCGAAAGGACAAAGAAAAGAAGCGUACACAGAAGGGAGAGCGCAGGAGAUAGAGAUGCAUGCAGGAAAACUUUUAUAGAUUAUACAACGGCUAUACAAAAGUGAGAGGAUGGGGGAAACAAUGAAACCUCACACAAUGAAACCUCAAAAGACGCUGUCCUGACUAACAAUGCAUUCUCUUUUUGGUCUGAUAUUAUCUAUUGAAUGAUAAUGUAGGGCCUGAUACAUUUUCUAAGCUUUUACAAAACAAACCAGCAACGGGGUGAAGAUAGUGUCAUGAACCAUUUAUUUGUUACAGGUGCUGACUGCUGUGCUACUUAUUUAGGAGCGAAUAUCACAAAACAUGUAAAGACCAUAUUUGACUCCAAAAUAAAACUGUUUUGCUGAAAUACAGACUGUUUAGGACUAAAUAUGAUAAAUAAUACUCCAAAAAGCUUAAAAAACAAUAGCAAAGUAUUUUACUUCUGAUUUUGGGGUGAAAUAUGAGCUGGAUGUUGAAAAUGUCAUGAAAAUCUAAAUUUAAUACUUACCAGGUGGUAACCAACAUGCUUGUGUCUAAAAACAGUAAUUCCUUUCUUCAUGCCUUGAAGGAACCUGUUUUUGUAUUCUCCACAGGCUGGUAAUAAAUAACACUUUGGUCAUUUUUGAUUCACCUUAACUUACCAGUUAAAACCUGAAACCAUUGGAAGCCUUCUUGUCCUGUAGCAAUAUAUAGAGGGCUCAUAGUCAACCCAAAGAUGGAGAAAAAAAUCACUUGCUAGUGGGGUGGGCUGAACUAUUCUAAACACAAACCACUUUUGGUUGAUAUUUCUGUCUUUUUUUUUUGUCAUUGAUGUUUGCAGUGAAGAAUAGUGAAUUUAUGUGAUGUUAUUUCAGGAAAGAGAGAAGUGUGUGUGAUCUUUUAGCUUUUUUGAUGCUGUUUCAUAUUGUGCCAAUACCUUAAAGAUUGCCCUGUCAUGUAUUGUGUCAGGCUUCAUCAUAGGCAAACAAAUAUCUUCAGUCUCUAGUUUCUUUUAACUAUUAAAAGCAUAAGAUUUCAGCCCUCUUUUUAUUAAAUAAGUUUUGUAUGCUAAAAUGUCCCAAAAUUGGUAUAGUAAAUUAAGUGUGAACGAACAUUUGUGUUCACUUUUGACUAAUGUGACCAUUUAACUUCCUCUUUAACUCAUAGGGCCAUUUCCCAGACAGGGAUUAAGACUAGUCUCAGACUAAAAUAAAUGUUAGAGCUGCCUAAACCGAAAAUACCUUAAAGGAAAACAAAUUCUUAAAAUACGUCAGUGCCAUUGUUUUGUCUCAAAAUGUUUUUGUAAGGCAUGUUUGUAAAAACCACUUAAACGUCCUAAUUGAACUAAUGUUAAAUCAAAUGAUUUCCUAUACUAGGGGUCAAAUUUGAGUUAACGUCAAAUAUUUUAUAGUAUAGUUACAGUACAAUAAAAGUAUGCAAAUAUAUCAAAUUAAUUCAAUGGCUAGUAUAAAAUGUUUUGGUUAAAUAAACUAAAAAUAUUCAGAUUCAGCAUAAUGUUGUAGCUAUAAAUCAUUCAUUGUAAUAAUGAAUGAUAAUGAUUUUUUGUUUCACAUAUCCAGAAACAAAUGUACAGUAUAAUGCAAUGUAAGUCACUUUGGAUAAAAGCAUCUGCCAAAAUGCGUAAAUGUAAUGUAAAUGUAUAAUGGUUUCAGUUUAAUAGUCAUCGUGCAUCAAUUCACGUUGUAUUUUGAAUACAUUUUUAAUGAAAUAAACUAGUUUGAUGUACCAGUUUGAGUUUUGGGACUGUUACGUUCAUUUAAUAGGUUGACCAACAAAUGCAUGAGCAAUGAGACAAAAGUAUGAGUACACAUGAAUAAUGACAGUCAGUAACAUUGAUAGGUAACAUUCCCUUUAUUUCAAUCCAUAAAUCAUGUUGUUCUGGGCUUUUUAAUGGGGUAUAUAUGCUCAGUAAAUCCUCAAUGAGUUAAAUCACACACAGAUUGAUGAAAUCUUGGGCUGGAAAAGAUUUGACAUCAACAAAUUGUUAAUAAAUAAAAUCAAGUUCAGAUUUUAAGGAAAUUUAGACGAGUUGCUAUUAUCAUUGUUUAUCUAGCGAGAUCACUAAAAACGAGUGCUCAAAAGAAAAUCAUGCUCCAAUAAAUAUGUAAAAUAACAGGACAACAUGAACACUUUCUAUUGGGUAAAUAUGGUCUAAGCUUUUGUGGAUGUUUGUACCAG